AAAGGUUUAGCAGCAACAAACCGGUCUGUGGUGCCGCCUGCAAUGCAAGGCGUCGGCCAAACAGAGACCGAAACAUUACCUCCAGAAACCCUCAACGGUAGUGCAGGUCGCUUUCUCCCCCAAAUUUUGAACGCCAAACCCUAGCUCUGCUUCUCAGUGCCCCGUCUCCAUGGACAUCGGCGGCAGCGGCGGCAUCGCAUCGUCGCCGGGGACGGUGGACGACAAGUUUGCGCGGAGGCGCUCCCGCCGCGUGAGCUUCGCGGACACCACCGCGGUGCACGUGUUCGACCGCGACGAGGACUUCGAGACGCCCCCCGAGGAGCGCGAGCCCGGCUCCACCUCUCCCUCCCCGUCUCCCGGGAGGUCCUCGGCUGGCCGGGAGGAUGAGGACGACACGGGGGAGGAUUUCCACCGCCCCCCGGUCAACUUCCUCCAGGACGUCGACUCGUCGUCCCCAGGCAGCGCCGCCGGAUCCAUGGCCUCCGUCGAUGAUGAAAACUUCUUUGGACCUGUAUCGGCAAGCUUCAUUCAAACAGGAAGACCAUCGGAUUCUGGAAUGUCAGAGGAUGACAACCAUGAUAUAACUAUGGAUUCCAGGACGUUCUCUUUGUAUUUUCGCAAUAUUGCUCCACCAGAUGACUGUACAGCCAACUCAGCUGCGAGUCUAAUGACACCUAAUACUGCAUCUGAGGGACCCCUGAAGGAACUUACUGCAUCUAAUCCUGCAACAACAUCAAUCAAUUGUCGGGAUACAUUGACUGACAUGAGUUUGUUGAGUGGUAGCCGCAGAACUUAUGAUUAUGAUAAGCUGUCACCCACGUUGAGGAGUAUGAUGAAGAAGAUAAAAGGGAGCCAGCAAGCAAGCUCUCAUAAAGUUGGUGUUUCUGAUGUACCUCUUGAUUGUGUUUUAACCUUGUCUACAUCUGAGAAAGAAAGUAGGGAAGAAAAUUUAUGCAUUGACAAUGGUAUAUCUUCUGAUAAUCUGGGCAUAGUUAAUACGACUGUAGAGCACGCUUCUGGUCGAAAUCCAGUUUCGACCAGCACAGAUCUGAUUCAAGAAGAUAAUGAAAUGAUAAUUGAUGGCCAUGAGAAUUCACAGAACUGUAACCAUGAUCACAUGGAUGUUGACCCUGGUGCCAAUAAUGCUGUAGAACCUCCUGCAAAGAUUUCCCCAGCAUAUAAAUCAUUCAUGAGUAAUGGUGACAUACAAUCCCACCUCGUCGAUCAAUCUUUGUCAAAACAUCAACCAUCUGGAUCAAAUUUCACUACAAGUGUUUCCUCCAUCUGUAAUGUUGACAUGGCAACCCAUCUUUUGGAUCAACCACCUGGUAAGGAUAACACAGAUGCUACCCAGUCGUCAAGUGCAGCUACUGCCAUUUUGCUGAUGGACGCUGAGCAGCUGCGACAGCGAAAUGAAGUGAUGGAUACAGAAACAGUUCUACACACUCCAAGAACUGCUGGUCUGCAGUUGCAAGUUCCACAAGGAUCUUUAUCCUCCUUACGCUUAAAAAGGCAGAAACUUUUCGCUACUACUGUAUCCAAUACUAGUAAAGUGGCAAGACAGGAGGGUUGUUCUUUGGGUACUGAGUUUGUUGAACAUGACAAGAGAAUUUCUUCUCUGAAGCCUCAAGAAUUGCCUGCAGCUUCCCGGUUACAGUUGGUUGAGAAGAAAGAACAUGGUCAUCAAGAAAGUGACAUGUUCAGCAAUACUGAAGAUCAUGAUUCCACCUUAUCUGUUUCUUCUCAUUCUGUUCCAAAACUGAAGAAAACCAGUGAGUCUUUUAUCCUAGGCACUCCUCAAAGACAUAGGCUAAAUGAGUCCACUAAGGUCCCAGAUACCUCAUGUCCUGUCAUUACUUUGGAUAGCCAACCUAGUCGUGAAUGCAACUCUCAUCUGGAUUUAGAUGGUGUUGGAAGAAAGAGAACUGCUGAGGAAAAUGGUCAUGCUGUGCAAGAGUGUCCUGAAGAAACCGCUAAGACAGCAAGAAGCCCUAGAAAAUCAAGAAAAGAGAUUCCUUGUGUAUCUCAGCCUUCUCCUAUGGUUGAAGAAAAACAGAAUGAUGCUCAUGUUAAUGGGAAGUCCUUGGAUAUUGAUUGGAACAAGGUAGUACGUGCCAUAACUAAUGCCACGGAGCAAGUUUUGUCAGCAUCAAUAAGCAAGUAUAAUCUACAACAGCUUGAUAUGCUAAGCGAUAAGUUGGAUGAGAUUCGUAUGGCUAACAAAUACAAAAGGCUUGCUACUGCUUUGAGGAUCAAAGAUUGCUAUGGUGAUAAGCAAAAGAGAUUAGAGGAGGCAAGAUUUCUUCAUGACAAGCUUUUCUUUGAAAAGGCGAAGCUACAAAUAAAUAAUAUGAAGCUAGUUAAACUCCAAAAAAAGGCUCAGCUAUGUCAAAAUGGAAUUCAAGAGUGCUGCUUUCUGAAAUCUAAGAUUUUGGGCGCAGCACAAAUGAAGGAUGCUUCAUUUCCUGCAGCUAUUUCAGUCAGUGCCAGUGAUAGACAGGAAGAACUUGCUAUCGUUUCUCAAAAGAGGCUUGAACUAAAAAAUAUUCAACAGAAAGUGGAGAAAUUAAGGAGUUCCCUUGAAUGUUUUCACAAUAUUGAAGGUGACAUUGAUAGUGAUAGUGUGGUGAGGUAUGCUAAAGAGCAGUUGAUGAUGAGAAAUCAGCAUCGCAUCAUCCACCGGCUAGCAGGGCUCUGCAAGCUGGAUGACAUAGUUAAAAGGGACAAUAAGCGUGAUGUCAUCCUCAACUAUCACAAUUUGUUGUUCCAAAGGAUCAUCUUAAACAUCAGUGGUACGUCUAGCAUAUUUGUGAAUAAUUCACUGAAUGGAAACCGAAUUGGACAGACAUUUCCAAAUGUGGAUGCAUCUUUGGCAUUCAAUUUUGUUUUCAAAGCCGAGGAGAACCAGAUAGUUAGUGAUUUACAAUCCUUGCAGAAGAAGACAACGGAAACAAGCUUGCUUCUUGGAAAUCUUAUUGAUGUUUUAGAAGAAAUCAGGUUAUCUAAAUUACAGUUACUAAAUCUUACCUCCGCUGCUUUUGUUUUGGAGUCCCAGACAUGUAAACUUGGCCUCCACCUGUCUUUCAUAAGCUACAAGAGUGGCAAGAAGAUUGUUUUCAUCAUCGACAUGACAGACUUGAACCGCUCGGUCUACCCUUCUGAUCCAUCUGAGUUACCCAUUAAGGUUUGCGAAGCACGGACAACGCUACCACAGCCAAGCAUAGAUGUGAUCAUGGCUUCUAUUCGGAACCUGCAACCUGGUCGCACAGUAAUACUAAGGUUGUGUCGGAUGGUAUCCCGGCUGAUUCAUAGUUUACAAUGAUGACAUGAUCACUGGUGUGAAGGUGUAUGAAGUAAACAUCAUCCGGAUAUGUAGGCAGUAGGCAUUAACAGUGUUAGUUUCUUGCACGUACGCUUAAGAUGUUUGAAUGCAUAAAUCAGUCCUUUUCAGGUGGACGUGCAAGUGUCACGACGUAAAAAUAUGAGUGGAUUAGUUGCUUUCCUUUGUGUGUGAGUGGGUUUGUUGCUUUGUUUGAAAGUGGGGUAACAUUUGUAUGCAAGUGAUUUUGGUUACUGCAAAUCCUUGUAACUCAUUACAGCAACAAUGCAGAACUCGUAGCUUCUCUACUUUCGUUAUAAAUAUUAUAUGUUGUCGUUUGCGGGUUU